CACCAAAAAUGUUCUUCCCCCUUUUCAUCUUCGCCGCGCCAGAAAGCGCUUCCUCCGCUCUUUUUCCCCGCACGAUGGCGCCGCCUCAGCCUCCCCCAUCCGCAGCAUUCUCGCGCUGUCGACCUCCGACGAGGUUCGUACACUCUGGAUCGGUGGUUUGCAGUGCUCGAUGGACCAGAACUGUCUCUACCAAUUGUUUGUUCAUACCUGCGAGUCAACACCGCUGCCGCCAACAACUCUGGUGGGGGGAUUCCAGCUGUGGGAAAUAGGAUCAAUGAUCAGGAAAAGGGAAAACAAUGCCACCAAUGCCGGCAAGAAAUCAAGGGUGUCGCUGCUUUGUGCAAGAAUCUGAAAAAUGGCAAUCCUUGUGUACUCAGAUUGUGCCGUGUAUGCCUUUUAAACAGAUAUGGGGAGGAAGCAGAACAGGUCAAUAGGUUGGAUGACUGGAGGUGCCCAAAGUGCCGGGGCAAAUGCAACUGUAGCGCUUGCAGGAAAAAAGAUGGUAAGGAGCCUACCGGUAGAUUAACGAGGGAAGCCAGGACUGCUGGAUUUAGGUCAGUGAUGGAAUAUCUGGAUGCUAAGGAAGCAGCGGAGUUGAACACGAACGCAAAUGAUGUUGCUGCUGUUUUGCCUCCAGAGGAGAUCGUGAUGGAAUUGCUGGAAGCUCGGGAAGCAGCGGAGUUGAACACGAAUGCAAAUGAUGUUGCUGCUGUUUUGCCUCCAGAGAAGAUUGAUGGUCUUGAGGCGGUCUUGGGUGCAAAUGAUUUUCCCCCCAUUCCUCAUCAAAAUGAGGAAACAAAAUGCGAAAGAGACGAUAAGAAUGUGUGGGAUCAUUUUGAUUUUGCUGAAGCCGUGUCUCAAGAUGAGAUUUUCGCAGAAUUAGAAAGGAACCAGGACACUGAUUAUCAUAUGAAUGGUGGUCCUGAGGUUUGGGGUUUAAAUGAUUAUGUGAAUCCUUCACUUCUUAUUUCCUAUAAUUGUCAUGGUACAGAUGUUAAGGAUGAAAAAUCUGAAGAAGUUCUCCUACCGCCGGGCACUGAGUUAACGGAGGUAUUGGGCAUUGAGUUCCCACAUGAGGAUGUUGGGAAUGUUGUGCAGUUCUUGGACUUCUGCAGGGUUUUUGGGAAGGAUCUUAACAUGAAGGAAGGGGAAGCAAGGGCUAUUUUGCGAGAACUAGUUCGCAAACAAAACUUGCGCAGUGGAGAGAACACCCUAGCUGUUGAGUUCCAAACUAGACUUUUGACCCUGCUCCGCACCGCUGCAGGACAUAAGUCUCCAUCCUUAACUACAGCGGAUGGGAACUGUUCAUGGUUGAAAGCUCUAGGGGAUUUAGCUUUACAAUCUCCUCUUCUUCUCAAGGAUUUCCCCGUAGAAAUGCUCAAUGAAGGUCUCUCUGGGUAUUGUAACUUGAGUUUGUCUGAUAAGCUUAGACUCCUGACUUUCAUCUGUGAUGAAGUUCUUAACUCAGAGAAAGUGAGGAGUUACAUUGAAAAGGAAAAUUCAAAAAUUGAGAAGCAGUGGAAAGAAGCCAAAGCUGAAUUUGCGGCUGCGAAGGAAAAGUUGAAUAGCUUGAAACAGAAGCUGCAGGAAGAGACAGCAAAAAGAAUUCAUUCCAGUGGGGAUCCUGGGUCAUCGACAGAGCAAGAUGCUGCUGUCCUGAAGUUGUUAACAACUGAAGUUGCUCAAGCUCACAGUGAAAUGCUUGAGGCUAAGGAAAAGAUUCCUAAAAGGAAAAUUUCUGAUGCUACGAGGAUUGAGCCUCACUUUGUGGAUGGUAGAAAGGUCUUUUGGAAAUUCAAAUGUUUUGAAGGUGAAGAUACUCUUUUGCUACAAGACAUCAAAGUACAAGAAGGGGAUGGUACUGCUGCAACUGAUGAAAGGUGGUUUUUUUAUGGUCCUGAGAAGAAGAAUGACAUUGAUAAGUACAUUUCUUCAAGGGCAAAGAGAAAUAAAUGUCGUUAGGCUCCUUAUAAACUUUCGAAUGAAAGCAGUGGAGCUGAUAUGGAGAACGAUUUUUAGGGAAUAAAUCUGAGCUGGUUUUUAAUAAGGAGUUGUGUUUCUUACUUGUCAUCAGUGACAUAUGCUGUACCAACUCAAUUGUAUAUAAACUCCUCUUAGACAUGUCAAUUGAAAAGAAUCGCAUUGAUUUCUUGCAA